GCGCCGCCCAUACUACCUAGCUGGAGGAGUACCUACUACUGCUCUAGCUUUUUCUGGUGUGCAAGAGUGUAGACGGUAUUAUUCAUGGUUGGUGCGUGAUUAGCCAGCUCGCUCGAUCCGGCUUAUUCCGCUCCAUCGAUCUCGGACGACGACGACGAUGGCAAUGGCGGCGGCGGCGGCUCCCCGGCCCAAGUCGCCGCCGGCCGCGCCCGACCCCUGCGGCCGCCACCGCCUGCACCUCGCCGUCGACGCGCUCCACCGCGAGAUCGGAUUCCUCGAGGAUGAAAUAAAUUCAAUCGAAGGGAUCCACGCUGCCUCUAGAUGCUGCAGAGAGGUUGACGAAUUCGUCGGAAGAACUCCCGAUCCAUUCAUAACGAUUUCAUCGGAGAAGCGAAACCAUGAAAAUUCUCACCACUUGUUGAAGAAGUUUCGAUGUUUGUGCAGAGCAAGCGCGUGCUGCCUGAGCUACCUCUCCUGGAUCUGCUGCUGCGGCGCCGGCGCCUGCUGCUGCUGCUCCUCCUCUUCCUCGUUCCACCUCAAGAGGCCGAGCUGCUCAGGCUGCUCCUGCUGCCGCUGCUGCUGCUCCUCCUCCUCGCCGUCCUCCUGCAGUGGAGCGCUAAAGAGCCGCACUACUCCGUCAUGUCCGUGCAGCUGCCGCUGCCGCCGCCGCCGCCGCCGCUGCUGCUGCGCCGGCGGCGGGUGCGGGAGCUGCUGCUGCAGCCCGUGCUGCGCGGCGCCGUGCCCGGGGUGCUCGUGCCGCUGCACCUGCCCGUGCCCCGGCGGCUGCUCCUGCGCCUGCCCGACGUGCAGGUGCGGCGGCGGCGCCGGCUGCUGCGUCCCUCGCUGCUGCCCGUGCUUGUGAUGGAUGGAUCGAUCAAUUCAUUCUGGAUGAUGAAUUACGUAGCAGCUACUAGCUAGUUAGUUAGCUGGGUGCAGGUGUUAGUUCUUGAUGGCCUUCUUGAUUACCUUGUUCUCUCUAAUUUGGUUUUGAUGCCAUGAGUACGUGAAUGUUGAUUGAUUGAUUGAGUUGGGAUUUAUCUUGCUAGUACCUAGGUGUUGUUCUAUCGAUGAAAGAUGUUAUCUGGUUUUUUUAUAACUAUUUACAUAUAU